AUGCUUUUAAUUCAUCAAAAGGGGGAAAAUCGCGAUGGCCAUCCACGCCCUCCACACGCCACCGCUGCCGAUCUCGUUCCCCGGAUUCUCUUUGGUGUCGUUGCAGCCGUCCUCCUCCUCUCUGCCACCGCCGCAGCUCCAGAUUUCUGCAACAGCCUUCGUCUUAUUUCUCCAGAUCUUGGCCGAAUUGAUGUUGUUUUGAUCGAAUACUUUCAUCAUCGGAUUUGUUAUGAUGCCACUGAAGAUAACGUUGGAGAUAUUCGUGUUCGUUUCGUUGAAAAUUGGCCGCGCAAUUCUCUAGUGGCCUUCUCAUGCCAGUAA